AUGAAGGGGGCAAUAUUGGUGUACUACGGGAUUUUUGUAACGAUAUUUUCUAGUGGGAUUCAGUCGCUCGGGCUGGUAUUGCAGAGGAAGGCUACGUGCACGGGGGGCCAAGAUGGGCGGUCGGUGUAUCGGAGUGGGGUUUGGCAGGGUGGGAUAGGGUUGUUUGUUGGGGCUAGUGUUUUGGGGGGCACGGUGCAGAUAGCGACGUUGCCGCUGAUGGUGGUGGCGCCGUUGCAGUCGUGCGGGCUACUUUUCAACAGUUUUUUUGCGUGGGUAUUGCUCGGGGAGAGUCUUGGCGGGCGGCUGGCGGUUGUGGGGGCGGUUCUUGUUUGUCUGGGGGGGGUGGUGCUGGGGACGCUGGGCACGCAGAUGAGUUGCGGCGUGGCAGGGGAGCGACACGAUUAUGAGAAGCUGGUGGAGUAUGGGGGGCGGGGGGCGUUUCUAUGGUAUUUUGUGGGUAGUACUCUGGUUGCAGUGUGGUUGGUGUGUGCAGUGUACGCGCUGCCGCAGCCGCCGCGGAGAGUGGGCGGCUGCGGCAGCGGGCAGAGGAGCGGGAUGAUGCUUGGGUUGGCGAGUGGGAUUCUCUCGGGACACUCGCUUCUGUGCGCCAAGUGCGUGGCGGAUAUCGUGCUGGAGCGGGCACCUGGGGUCAGGGUGGGGGUUGUGGUUCGGCAGGCUCUGCCGGUGGCGGGGUUGUUCGUUGUGUUCGCGGUGUCGCAGUUGCAUCUCUUGGGCCAGACUAUGUAUCACGUGACGAUGUCGAUUCUGUAUCCGCUGGUGUAUUCGGUGUUCAAUACGGUGACGAUACUGAACGGGGCGAUGUUUUACGAGCACGAGCAGGGUAUUUCGGUGCAGUAUGUGGUGGUUGUUGUUUUGGGUCUUUUGACGCUUGGAACUGGGAUGGCGUUGUUAUCGAGGUCUUCGUCCGAGGGGGCGAGAGGCGGGGAGAGGUUGGGUGGGAGCGAUUUGUCCGGGAAGGACUGUACUGAUAUGUUAUCCGGUGAUUCGAUAUUCUGCUACGGCAGCAUGUCAUGGGAGAGGGAGGUAUCGGACGAAGAUGAGUAUGUAUCUUUGCCAAGACGACAUGUCUCAGGCCGAUGA